GUAGUGGUAUAGCGCAGCAAAACAAAACCUGAAAUGACAUAGGUAGCGAACAUCAUGAACCCUGUAACCACGGAACUUUCUCUAAUAAAGUAGUUCCGAAGCGGUGUCUCUUGUCGAUUUCCGAAACCAAACUUCAUUAAUAAUCAUGUCAAUGUCGUCGUCGAAUUCGCCGUGCGCGGCGUGCAAGAUUCAGCGGCGGAAGUGCACGCAGGAGUGCGUGUUCGCGCCGUACUUUCCGCCGGACAACCCGCAGCGGUUUGCCUACGUGCACAAGGUGUUCGGCGCAAGCAACGUGGCCAAACUCCUCAACGAGCUUAACGCGGCGCAGCGCGAGGACGCCGUCAAGUCCCUCGCCUACGAGGCAGAGGCGCGUCUCCGGGACCCCGUGUACGGCUGCGUCGGCCUCAUCUCCAUCCUCCAGCACCGCCUCAAGCAGCUCCAGACCGAACUCAACCACGCCAAGAGCGAACUCGCCUCUUACAUCGGCCCCCACGCUCUCCUCCCUCCCACACCUUCCCCUCCGCCGCCUCCGCCGCCGCAGCAGCAACGCACUUUCUCUCUCUUCCCCUUCGGAUUCCACGAGGAUGGCCCUUCUCCUUCCCACUCCGCCUUCAACCUCGCCGAUCACGCUUUUCCUCACGCGCCCUCGCACCCUCUUCCUCUUCCGCAUCACCAGCACCUUAUGCGCUCGCAAAUGCACCCCAAGUCCCAAACCGACCCUGCUUAGUUGUUCGUUCUGAAUCGGAGGCAAAUGGGUGUAAAGAAGGAAAGAGAAUGGAAAGUGGGGGAGAGGAGAGGGGUAGACUGGUGGGUACAUGAGACUGACUAAUCCUGCAUUGUUUUUUGGGUUUCAACUUUUUGAUGGUUUUCAAGGUAGAUGCAUUUUAGAAAAGUAGGAUCUGUAUGGAUGUUAGAGAACGGAUUUUCUACUAGAGAGAGAAACUGGACUCCACUCCACUUCUUUCAUUCAUCUUAGAGAAGAAAGACUCAUGAUAUAAGAACAAUUUUUUUUAA